UCUAUCUCUCUGUCUAUCGGAGCCUUUUCCCUCCACAGUAGUUUCCACCGACUGACGCGCGGAGAGCCUGGUGCUGGGCGCUCUGUCCAUAUAUGGUCAUCUACGUCACGCAAAUGUUCCAUCCCCCUAUUUAAUACGGGCACACUGGAGUCCCCUAUCCAGCUCCAAUAGAGCAAGUAGAGCUGCUCUUGUGCAACCAACACCGCCACCUCCUCCUCCUCCAUUGAUUCACAGACUUCAAAUUCCCCCACAAGCAGCCCAUCAGCUUCCACAUGAUCACAUUAAUAACAACACUAGUCUGCGAUCACACAGGAGGAGAAAGCCGCCGCUGCUCGUCCGUCCUCCGCGGGAUACUUGGAUAGCUACAGCAACAGGAUCCAUUCCGACUCCUCUCUCUUUUUUUGUGUCCACGCCUGAUCCACACCUGUGUUUUCCACUUUGACAACACCCGCUGAUUUUUUUUUGGUGAUUUUUUUUGGUGUGUGUCUAACUACUUGGAUACCCGCGCGUUGUCCUUUAUAAAUGUCGGACUGAAUAUAACUGCUAUGACAGGGAAACUAGCGGAGAAGCUCCCUCUUACCAUGAGCAGUUUAAUUAACACGAUCCCUGACAGUCUCUACCCAGAAGAGGACAUCCCGACGUCUAUGAAUAUUUUCACCAGUACGGAAUCUAUAAACCACUAUUCGCAAAUGAACACAGAUAAUAUCAUGGAUCUGGGCAUGGGAAGCGAGAAAGCCACUGCAGAGAUUCAGUAUGGAUCCAGCUUCCAGUCCAACCGCAGCGGGCAGACUGUCACCUAUCUGGGGAAGUUUGCCUUUGACACCCCUCCGUCAGGUGGCAUUGGUGGCUCUGGCUGGUGCUCUGACAACAAUAUCAUAAGUCUCGUCAGCGCAGGGAUCCUGGGUGUCUCUCCCUCACCCGGCACAGUAACAACGCAGACAUCAUCCUCUGCAGCCAGCAUGGGCGGACAGACGUCAGAUAUGGAGCAGGUAUAUGGUCCGCCACUGCCUGCCUAUUCUACCUGCAGUGACCUGUACCAGGAUCAGGUCUCCUUUCACCACAGCCCUGCAACCAGCACAGCUCUAGCCUACCCUGGCAAUGACUAUCACUCCACAUCCAAAGCCUCCAUGGACGGCAGUCUUUUCUCCAUGAUCCCUGACUACAACCUUUUCCAUCAUCAGGGGGAGGUUGGUGUGAUGGAGCACAAGCCCUUCCAGACCAUGGACCCCAUCCGGGUCAACCCUCCACCCAUCACACCUCUGGAGACCAUCCGAGCAUUCAAAGACAAGCAACAAAUUCACCCAGGUUACAUCGGCGGGCAGCAGCAUCCUCCUCAGCACCACCAACCACCACAGACUCUCACCCUCAAACCCAUCCGGCCACGGAAGUACCCCAACCGUCCCAGCAAAACCCCCGUCCACGAACGGCCACAUGCCUGUCCGGCAGAGAACUGUGACAGGCGCUUCUCACGCUCAGAUGAGCUCACACGUCACCUUCGCAUCCACACAGGUCACAAGCCCUUCCAGUGUAGAAUAUGCAUGCGCUCCUUCAGCCGGAGUGACCACCUGACCACACACAUCCGCACACACACAGGCGAGAAGCCCUUCUCCUGUGAGUUCUGUGGACGCAAGUUUGCCAGGAGCGACGAGCGAAAGAGACACGCAAAGGUCCACCUGAAACAGAAGGACAAGAAGGCUGUUGACAAGAGCAGCGGAGCAGCUGGGAGCCAUAGCUCGCCACCCAGCUCCUGUGGGGCCGACAGUGGGAACAUCAUGACCGUCACCGAUUGCACUUGGACUGAACCCUCACCAUGCCCCAUAAAGAGACUCAUGAAGAAGGGAUCACAUCCACUAUGAGAUAAAUAGGUGACUUUUUUCCUCUCUUUUACAACCCCUGCUCCUUUCAGUUGUAUUCCUUCUAUUUUGAGAUGGAUGCCUCUAGUUUAAUUAAGCGAGGAACGGCUGCUACGCCAUUCUCGUUCAAGCAACUCACAGCCUCAGCAACUGUAACACAGUGCCAACACAAAGAAGGGCACCUUGGCACAUAAGCCCAAAAGGCCGCUGUGUAUGUGUAGGUUUUGAGGUGAAUACACUUUUGUAAAUUUUUGUGAGAAUUUCUAAAUUGGGAAGAAGCCAGAAUCCGUCAUAAGGGUCGAAACAGACAAAAUUUUAAUAGAGCAUAUAAACGAUGAGUUGUCUGGGAGGUAUGCAUUAAUUUUAUUAGGCUGUUUAAAAGUGCAAUUGGUUAUAUUUGUGUACUGUCAUUGAUACCAUAUUAGUGGCACUUGACUGUCUUUCUGAUGUUUUUGUUGAGGUGUAGUGUUUUUAAUUUUUCUAUUUGAAUGUUGUUUUCUCAACAGAAUGUGCCAAAUGUAUUGUGUUGAUACAGCCAACUUGGUUCUUAAUAUUGUGCCUGAUGUUUGCCAAACAUGAAAGGGAUAUCGGUUUAGCACACAUAUUGAGUUCAAGGAAAGAUCAGAUUCAAACAGCGGAUCUCAGAUUUAGAUUCAGAUGAAGAAUUUGGUUAAAUCUAGAUGACUGAAUGGGUCACACAUAACAAACCAAUGUCUUGUCCUGUUACCUGUAUAAAACAAACAUGCCUGCAUCAAUCAAUGCCUUUGCCAAGACUUAUUUAUUUGUAGUCACUGAGAGACACUGUGUAUUUUUGUUGCCUUUUUAUAUGAUGGCUUCAUGUGGUGUUACCAGAUAUGAUUUAUGUUGCUUUUUUUUUUUCAAAAGCUCACCAAUGCCAUUCAUUUUUUCAGUUUUCUUGAGUUCUGCAAUUAUAUGCAUUAUAUCCAUGACAUGUGCCACCAACCCGUAAACCCGUAAAAGCACAGUAAGACAGAUUGAACAACUUAAAUAAAUGACACUGGUUUGCAAAUCAGCACUAUAUGAAGGCAAAGAUGAAUAAGGAAAAAUAUAGAUGGGGCCCUUUGUCUGUGUUUCACAGUGUAAAAAGAUUUAACUACCUAUUUAAAUGACCAAAAGAUGAGCAACAUAUGGUGAGAGAAAAAAUUUAAAAUUUAAAAUCCAUGUUUACAUAUUUUCUAAUACAGAGAGACUGAGUUGUAAACUAAGGACUUGUUUUUUUGUACAGUAUACAAAUAUGUAUGCAGGUAGCUAUAGUAGAAGUUUCACUUUUGUACUCAAAUGUCAAAUGCACAAUAACUCAGUAUUAAAUUGUGCAUAUAUGUGCAUGCCUUCAUGCACACUAUGUAAAUACAAAUGUCUGCAUAAACAAGAACUUUCAAUUGACUGAAUGCUUGUGCGGAAUGUGUCUUAAAGCUUUUAGUAAUGUAGUUGUAUUACAGAAUAUUUUGUUGUCAUAGGUCAUAGCAAAAUUUUUGGAGCACUACAAUAGUGCCAAAUAUGGUGUGUUAUCUCCACUUAAAAAAAUAAGAAGAACAAUAGCAUUUGCAUCAUCUGUACGCUUUAAAGUGGUAACUGGUUUAAGGAAGCACUAAUGUGUUCUCUGAAUAAAUGACAAGAUUAUUAUUUUUUUUUUACAUUUUGUGUACCUCUAUUAUAGAUGCAAUCAAUUAUUUCAAUUAAAAAAUCUUCCCCUUGUAAUGAAAACACUGGUUGUUCUCAAAUAGACGUCGUCAGAGACUAAAUUAUUUAAUGCUUUCUCAAACAAAACACACUGCAGGGCAAUGCCAAUAUUCUUCACAUGUGGCUCCUUACUGAUCUUUGUGCUGAUAGACGGGAAAACUGUUUUACCAUUCAAUGAGGUAUUUUGUACAGACUCAUCUUUAUCGUGGGCUUCUCUUGGAUCUUAGGUGUACUAUUAACAAACACAUUUUAUUUUUUUUAUUUUUUGGCUUUACCUCUACAAAGCCGGGAAGUUCUGUUUUAUGACUUUGUACAGAAUAUACUAAAAGUGAUAACUGAGAUAUUAAUUAGGCAACUAGUACUCGUUUGGUCAAAAACCAUGAAAAGGGGAAUAAGGAAUAAAAAAUCAGACUAAAGAUAUCAAGAUAUGGACUUCUGUCUAGCACAAAAAACAGUUGGCAAAAAUACUGGUACCGACAAAACCAUCAACUCGCAUUGAUACCAUUACUGUCUUUGAAAUAUUUCAAAAAUAUUCAAAUGUAUUGCUCAAAUACCAGAUUAACCUUUUAGAAGAAACUUUUCUCUCCACCAAGUUUCACAGAGUAUAUCUGGUUAUUGGCUGUGCUCUCUGACUAUCAAGAGGUAUGUGGUGCAUGCAAUGAAAGAAUUUGCAUAAACAUUAUUUUCAGCUGGAAAAAAUAAAAUAUUGUACUGGUCAGCAGACACAGCAAUCAGACUUAAAGAGAAUAUCGACUGACAAAUGCAAAGGCCAAAGGAAAGGUUCAGAACAGCAGUGCCACAGAGAACCGAGUGCGUACAGAAAUGAGCUUGCAAGGCCAUGGUUUCCCUUUCCUGCAACAAACAGUUUUCGCUGCUGAGCUUCCUGGCAAGGGUCCACUUAUUUUCCAAUUAAUUUGGCCUCAGAGAGUCUUUUCUCAACUCAUCUACAUGGUUAAAUGAACAGACCUCCAAGCACUUUUAGAGAUAGUUUAAAAGUUCACACACCCCACAAAAACUCACUGUAAGUCAAUAGUUUUGUAUGAUAAAAAAAUAUGUUAUUUUAUUCCAUAGAUGAUUGACUGAUUAAACUUUUCUGACCUCAUCCCAAUAAAAUUCAACUGAAAUGAAAAUCACAGUUUAAGAAAGUCGAUAGGGCAAGUUUUUAUGUGUUACAUCACGCAGCAUUCAUUCCUUCGGAUUACAUGUAAUUACUCUGAUGAUAACUAAUAUUAAAACAUUAGAUUGGGAUUUGCCAUAUUAAAUCUUGCAAUGUGUAAUGGUCUCUGAUGUUAACAUACUAUAGCAGCUUCAUAGAGUCAGCACAAAAGAAUAAAUGUCGUAGAUGAGGUGAAAAACAAAAUGUUUAUCUUUGUGUUUACCGAGAAUAAUUUGAUGCUAGACACUGAUCGUUAUAUGCUCUGGAUGAUUUUGACUUUAUUUGACCUAAAAUUAUGCUCUUGUGUGCUCUAGAUUUGACACUUUGCUGGUGAGAGUGCAUUUCUUUUUUUAAUUAUAGUAUAUAGAAUGUGGCCUCCUCUUUGGCAAAACUGUUUUUGUGUUAAGGACUGAUGCAGAGUAAGGCGGAGACUAUACCAAACUAUUUCCACGUCUAAAUGAAGCCAUGUAAUUACAUCUUAGCAAACUCAAUAUUUCAUUGGUCAUAUCAUCUGACUGUCUGUCUUUUGUUCUGUGACAUUUAUGUACUGGUCAGAUAGAUUUUUCUAAAAUUACAUGAUUCCUCUCCCACACCCCACUCUCUCAAUAUAGUUUGGUGGUUGAACAACCAUACAGGCUGAACAUGUUCUGAAUCCUUCUGUGUAAUGUGUGAAUGCUAUAGAUAAAUGUCAGUGACUUGUUGAACUCAGCAAAAACCCUCCCUCCUCUUGAUAAUAAUUCUCUUAGAGAAGCAUUAUUUUGUGGGGUUUUUUCACAUUCUAUUGUCCAAAAGUAGGCAGCUGUACGCUCUGAAAUUGGAAUUUGUCUCAUCCUCGUUCUCUGCUUUGUGUUGGAUCCGAGCCAACAUCAGCAGCCAUCUUUGUGCCAAACUGGGUUGCAGGGUUAGCUGAUCAAAAACAAUACAUGAUGAGAACUUGAGAACUGCACAGGAGCAACAAAUCAUAAAUGUGACCUCAGCCGGCUUGCAGUUGAAGGCAGCCUUGUGCUAAUGUUUGUGUUUAACUGUUUGAUUUAAUGUCCGUGAAGUUGGCCUUGGGCAGGCAAUGGGCUUGGGCUCCUUCUUGGCAUUUUGAGAUUAGAGGACAAAAACAAUAAAGAGAUUUCCAUAUUGUGUAGAUAUUAUAGACUACUCAUGCCAUCUUAUGGACUACAAUGUGGCUUCAGGGAUUGUGUGGUCUUCAACAGUGACACUAUGGUAUUCAGAUGGAGUUGAUACUCACUGUUUUCUGUUGUGUUGUGUUUCCUUUUCAUUACAGUAUAUCCUCAUGUUUGCAUGUGCACGGAAAUGUUCCGAAGUGCAACCCCCAGAUGCUGUGGGUGAUGCUCAUUUUCUUUAUUAUGCAUGAAAAUAAAAAGUCACAUCUGGUGAAACGGAUACCAACAAUUCAAGGCAGUCAAUUGGAAACACACACUGGGAAAACUGUUCCAUUGGCCUUUUUCUCCUUUUUUUUAAUUAAGGAAACAAGAGGUCUUGUUUAAAAUGUUGUGGAUGUCUUUAACCUAUUUCAUGUUUUUAUUACCUUAUAAUAAGGUCCUUUUAUGAUGAGCUGAAUAUUGAAAUUAAUUUUACUUUACCCCUGUGAUGGGGAGAUGUAUUCCCCUGUUUACUUGGCACUUCGGUUUGUUGUAAUGCAAUUGUUUUGUUAUUUCUAUGUAAGUACUUGAAUAAAGAAAAAAUAACUCUU